AUGCCUGAGGCCGGCCCGCGUGUGCCCUCUCCUAACUCCACGACGACGAAGCAGAAGCCCCUGGCAUCAUUUGCCUCGCCAGGCGCACCGUCGGGGUCGAGGUUUUCCCAAAACAACUGCUGGGUCUUUGGUGAAGGCCAGCGCUUGACUCCCGCGGUGGAAGACGAGUACUCGCCGAUGAGUGGCAGAAACUUGACCCUUUUCAGAUCUGACGAGCGCAUGAUGCGAGACACUGCGCUGCGAACGGGGGAGAUGCGGACGACUACGCUCAAAACCGAGGCCCACGCUUCUUUAUCCGUCCCCGAAAACGACCUGAACGACGGCAACUAUGUCGAGAUGACGGCCGAGCAGAUCCCACAGCCCCAAGCGGAUGACCAAUACAAUGUCUUCAACCGCAGGUCGGCAUCUGCCAGAAGCUCGGCGCACUGUCGCCAUCGGGCUGGAUGCUGCCAGCAACUCAGGCACACUCUCCUGCGCGUGUUGAUCCUGAUGAAGCGAGAGUGGUGCUCGACGCUGUGCGAGUUCUUGAUUCCCAUCCUUUUCGUUUUCGGCUCCGUCAUUCUGUGGGCCGUCUUUGGCACGACAGAAGAUUCCUCUGGUCUCUACUAUUCUGCCACAGGACCGGAUAAGGUGUUCGCAAUGGCCGAUACGAUCAGCAGCUCCCUGUGCUACAACGCGUCCUUGGCGAGCGGCAUCGCCGGCUUAACGCCAUGUGUGGCGGGAAAAAGGUAUUACUGCCCCCACGGCCGCGGCAUCCCGAGCGGCUUUUGCUACGAUCCGCCUCUGAAAAACGUGGUAGCACAGCUCCUCGGCGCUCUGCCACUCACGACAUCGCCAAUGCUCCCCCUGGACACACUCAUCGCGUGUCAGUGGGUGGCGAUGGAUCAGUCGAUUCGAGCAUCAACGCCGUUCUCGUACGGCGGUCUGCUGUACUUUGCGCCGCGCACGCCGGAGGUGGAGUCGUUGGUGUCGUACAUGCGGACCCAGUCCAAGCUGUUCGACAACGCGUACGGCGGCACAUUUGCGACGGCAGCGGAGGCUGCGUCGCACAUACUGUCGUUGACGCACGACGACCCGCCGACGUGGGGCGUUGUGGAGCUGGACAGCUACACAGCCGACACGUUCAACGUGAGGAUCAUGGUCAACUCAUCGGCCCUGCCAGCGACGUCGAAGAGCGUUCUGAGCGGGUACCUUGGCGGGCUCGACACGUCGACCAACUCGCCGUACAUCUUCUCGGGCUACACGACGCUGCAGACGCUCGUGUACCAUCACUACACCGCGAGUGUGCUCGGCAAGCCGACGACGAAGCCGCUGACGUACACCGCCAUGCCCACGAAGGCAUACCAUACCAGCUCCUUCUUGCUGACUGGUGCCUCCCUGGCGCCGCUGAUUCUGGUGCUUGGGUUCCUGUACCCCGUGUCGCAGCUGACGAAGCGGAUCGUGGUGGAGAAGGAGCUGCGCAUUCGCGAGGCCAUGCUCAUCAUGGGUCUCUCUGAGUGGACCAUGUACCUUGCGUGGCUCGUGGUGUAUGGUGUGUGGUACACUGUGGUGUCGGCUAUCAUCACGAUUCUCCUGCGCUUGACGUACUUGCCGGAAAGCAGCCCCUGGUACAUCUUCUUCAUGUUCUUGCUCUUCUCGUGGUCCACCAUUGCGCUGUCCGGCGCGAUUGCGGCUGUGUUCAGCAAGGCGCGGCUGGCGGCCAUCAUUGCGCCUCUCAUCUACUUCGCGAUGGCGAUACCGCUCUUUGCGAUGGAGAAGGCCAGCGGCGGUGCCAAGAUGGGCAUCAUGAUCCUGAGCCCGAGCGCUUUUGCUGUCGGGCUCGCUCUGCUCUUUGAGCACGAGAUGAAUGGCGGCGCCGGAGCCGGUGCGCUGGCAUACUUCCGCGACGACCCGAAGCUGAUCGUUGUGUUUGUGCUCCUCCUUGUGGACAUCUUUGUGUACCUGCUGCUGAUGAUGUACUUCGACCGCGUGGUCCCGAAGGAGUGGGGGACGACGAGGAACCCGCUGUUCUUCAUCAUCGACCCUGUGCGGUGGUGCUUCUGCCGGCGCCGCGCGGGCGAUGACGACAUGGACGGGGACGGCGCGGGGGACGGGCGCGCGGAGGACGGCGUGUUCGAGGCGGUGGACCCUGCGGUGGAGGAGGCCGCGGCAGUGCGGAUCCGCGGGCUGCGCAAGACGUUCAGGCGCGGCGGCAAGGCGUUUGCUGCGGUGGACAGGCUGUGCUGGUCGCUGAAGGAGGGCGAGAUUUCUGUGCUGCUGGGGCACAACGGCGCGGGCAAGUCGACGACGAUGAACCUGAUGACCGGGAUGCUGGAGGCUGACGGCGGCGACUGCUACGUGUACGGGCACUCCGUGCGGCACGAGCUGAGCUCUGUGCGGCAGGAGAUCGGGCUGUGCCCGCAGCACAACAUCCUGUGGCCACAGCUGACGGUGCGGGAGCACCUGGACUACUAUGCUGCCAUCAAGGGGCUGAGGGGGUCUGAGAAGGAGGAUGCGAUCGGGCGGCUGCUUGCCGCGGUGGACCUGGAGGACAAGGCGCACUACAUGUCGAAGGCGCUGUCUGGCGGGCAGAAGCGGAAGCUGUCGGUUGCCGUUGCGUUUGUUGGCGGGAGCCGGCUUGUGAUCCUGGACGAGCCGACGGCGGGGAUGGACGUUGGCGCGCGGCGGCACGCGUGGUCGCUGCUGAAGGAGAUGGCGAAGUGGCACACGAUUCUGCUGACGACGCACUUCAUGGACGAGGCGGACCUGCUCGGCGACACGGUUGCGAUCAUGAGCAAGGGGCGGCUGCAGUGCGCGGGGUCGAACAUGUUCCUGAAGUCGAGGCUUGGCGUUGGGUUCGUGCUGACGAUGUCCGUCGUGUCGCACGCGCGGCGCGGGCCGAUCGAGCAGAUGGUGCAGACGCUCGUGCCUGCGGCGGAGGCUAUUGGCAGCGGCGCCGGCGAGGUCGCGUACCGGCUGCCGAUGGCGUCGAAGCCUGCGUUCCCCGACCUGCUGUGCGCUGUGGAGGAGGGCAUCCCCGGCCUUGGGAUCAACGCGUACUCGCUGUCGGCGACGACGCUAGAGGAGGUGUUCAUCAAGAUCGCGGAGGGCCCGGAUGCGGAGCGCGACGCGGAUGCGCUUGCGGCGGAGGAGAAGGCGGAUGCGACGGAGGCUGUGUGGAACGUGGAGAUGGAGAAGGGGCGGUGGGCGCGGCGGCGGCUGCAGUUCCGCGCGAUGAUGGCGAAGCGGCUGUGGAACGCGCUGCGCGACCGGCGCACGCAGUUCUUUCAGAUCGUGUGCCCCGUCGCGUGCGUGCUGCUUGCGAUGCUGCUGACGCUGGUGAAGCUGUUCAGCACGCCGACGAUCCUGCUGAGCAGCGACGUGUACGGGACGACGGUGGACAUCCCGCUUGCCAACUGCGAGGGCGUGCUGGACGUGACGACGCCGUUCUCGACGACGGUGCACAUGGACAUCUGGACGGACACGCCGGAUGCCUCUGCGUUCUCGAAGAAGCUGAACAGGACGUACCAGACACACGCGAGGGAGCGCUACGGCGGCGUCUCGUGCGCGGCUGCGGGCAGCGGGGAGACGUACCACAGUGUCUUCUACAACACGUCGGCUUUGCACGAGGUCGCCAUCGAGACAGCGAAUGUCUUUGCCGCCCACCUUCGUGUGGCAACUGGCCGAUAUAACACGAGUGUUACCACUGCUGUGGCACCUCUCCCCAAAACAUCGCAGCAGCAGGCGGUGGAGUCAUCUCUGUACGCGAUGAUGAUUGCCGUGAUCAUCAUGAUCCCGUUCACCUUUAUUCCUUCGACCUUUGUGGGCUGGAUUGUGAGGGAGCGCGAGUGCAAAGCGCGGCACCUGCAGAACGUCUCUGGCCUGAGCUUCUACAUCUAUUGGCUAUCCAAUUUCUUGUUCGACCUUUGCUCGUACAUCAUCACGAUGUGCCUCGUCAUCGUUGUCUUCCUCGUUUUCGGCCGUGACGAGUACGUUGCGCUGAACAACAUCGGUGCAACGUUUGUGGUGCUUCUGCUUUACGGCGUGUCGGGCAUCCUCAUGGCAUACGCGCUCAGCUUCGCCUUCGACAAUCAUUCCACUGCGCAGAAUGUCGUCAUGCUUGUCAACUUCAUUGUGGGGUUUCUGCUUGUACUGGCGGUGUCUGCGCUGACGUUGAUAGAGGCGACAGGGAAGGUGGCCAAAGUGCUCCGCUUUAUCUUUCGCAUUGUACCUAGUUACUGCGUUGGCGAGGCAAUCAAUAACCUCGCGUUGCUCAAGGUGACCCGCGCGUUCGGCGUGGACACCAGCACGUGGGACAUGGACGUUGUGGGGUGGGUGUGCGUGUAUAUGGCGAUCGAGAUCCCGGUGUUCCUGUUCAUCACGCUGUUCAUUGACCACCCCGGGCGGCGGCAGCGCAGCCAGCGACUGUUCCACAACCCGGACGGUGCUGCGGAGGUGAUCGAGGAGGAGGACGAGGACGUCGCGGUGGAGCGGCGCGCUGUGCUGGAGGGUGGCGAGCGCGAGGGCGACCUUGUGCGGGUGCUGAACCUACGGAAGGAGUACGCGAACGGGAAGGUUGCGGUGCGGAACAUCACGCUGGGCGUGAGGCCCGGGGAGGUGUUUGGGUUCCUGGGGACGAACGGCGCGGGCAAGACGACGGCGAUCUCGAUCCUAUGCCAGGAGUUCUACCCGACGAGCGGGCGAGCCUACGUGUGCGGGAACGACAUUGUGACGGAGAGCAGCGAGGCGCUGCGGUGCAUCGGGUACUGCCCGCAGUUCGACGCGUGCCUGGACCUGCUGACGGUGGAGGAGCACCUGUACCUGUACGCCGGCGUGCGCGGGAUCUCGUCGCGCGCGUGCGACCGCGUUGUGCGUGGGCUGAUGAAGCUGUGCGGACUGACGGAGUACCGGCGCACGAAGUCGCACGAGCUGAGCGGCGGCAACCGGCGCAAGCUGUCUGUUGCUGUGUCGCUGAUUGGCGGGCCGCGCGUUGUGUUCUUCGACGAGCCGUCGGCCGGCAUGGACCCCGUAGCGCGGCGCGGGCUGUGGAACGCGAUCGAGACGGUGGCGGACAACUGCUCCGUUGUGCUGACGACGCACCACCUGGAGGAGGUGGAGGCGCUUGCGCACCGCGUUGCGAUCAUGGUGGACGGGACGCUGCGGUGCAUCGGCGACAAGACGCACUUGAAGCAGAAGUACGGGACGGGGUUCGAGGUGGCGGUGCGCGUGGCGGACGAGUCGCCGGAGGUGAUGGCUGGCGUGGAGCUGUUCUUCGAGAGGGAGUUCCCGUCGAGCAAGCUGACGGAGGUGCGCGCGGGGCGCUUCACAUACCAGCUGCCGAACACUGUGCGCCUGUCGAGCGUGUUCACUGCGCUGGAGCAGCAGAAGGAGAAGCUGCAGAUGCGCGACUACAGCGUGUCACAGACGUCGAUUGAGCAGGUGUUCAUGCGCAUCAGCGAGAAGGCGGAGCUUGAGCACGAGGAGGCGCACCGGCAGCGCAUAGAGAGCAAGAAGUCGUGCUGCAUGUGCUGCUGCAGUGGCUUGCCGCGCUGA